AUGACAAAGUACUUUCCUGAGGAUGUUCGUGGGAAGAAAGAGAUUGAGUUUCUGGAGCUGAUGCAAGGUAACUUGUUGGUUACCGAGUAUGCUUCCAGAUUUGUGGAACUUGCUAAGUUAUAUCCUCAUUACAGCGAGGCGACAAUUAAGUUCUCAAAGUGUAUCAAAUUCGAGAAUGGUUUGCAUCCUGAAAUUAAGCAGGAGAUUGGAUACCAACAAAUCAGGAGGUUUCUAGAGUCGGUGAACAACUCUAGAAUUUAUAAGGAUGAUAGUAAGGCUCGACCGACUCACUACAAGGGGCUGAGCGAGAGGAGAGGAAAGCAAAAUCUGAAUUAUGGGAAGCCAUAUAAUGCUCCAGCUGAUAAAGGUAAACAUAGAGAUGCUAAUGGUAAGAGGCCAAGUGGGGGAGGUGCUCCUACUCCUCUUAAGUGCUAUAGGUGCGGUGACUUGGGUCAUCAUGUCAUUGAAUGCGAGGGACAUAUCAACACUCAUUGCCCAAAGCCUAAGCAAGCUUUAACUAGAGGAAAGUUGUUCGCUCUGACGGGGACUCAGACUUCCAGUGAUGAUAGAUUGAUCAAAGGUAUAUGCUAUAUUAAUAAUACGUCUUUAAUUGCUAUUAUUGAUACUGGUGCUACUCAUUAUUUUAUUUUUGUUGACUGUGUGAAAAGGCUAGGCCUUGUUGUGUCUUUUAUGAGUGGAGAAAUGGUUACCGAAACUCCUGCUAAGGGUUCGGUGACUACUACUUCAUCGGUGCGAUUUCUUACUCCCGGUGAAGAGGAAGAAGUUGGUUUCUUGUCUACUAGAGAGUUGAAGGAGCUUUUGGAAGAGGAAGCUCAGGUGUUUGCGCUAUUUAUGGCGUUAUCUACUAAGAGUCUGGCGGUGAUUGAUGAAUUACCUGUUUCUAUGGCACCAUACAGGAUGUUUGCAUCGGAGUUAGCAGAGUUGAAGAAACAAUUAGAAUAUUUGGUAGAUAAGAGAUUUGUGAGACCAAGUGGUGGUAUUGAUGUGGAUCCAUCUAAGGUAGAUGAAGUUCUACAAUGGGAGGCUCUGGAGUUGGUGACAGAGAUUAGAAGCUUUUUGGGCUUGGCUGGUUAUUACCGUGUGUUUAUUAAAGAAUUUUCCAAGUUGGCACUUCCGUUAAUUCAGUUGAACUGUAAAGGUAAGCUGUUUGUUUGGGACGUUCCUUAUGAGAACAGUUUCAUAGAGUUGAAGAAAAUGUUGACUAAAACUCUAGUUUUGAUUUUACCUGGACUGAAUGGACCGUUUGUGGUGUAUUACGAUGUGUCGUUGAUGGGUUUAGGCAGUGUGCUAACGCAAAAUGGCAAGGUUAUGGCUUAUUCUUCACGAAAGUUGAGGAUUCAUGAGAGAAACUAUCCUACUCAUGAUUUAGAGUUGACUGCGGUGGUGUUCGUGUUGAAAAUUUGGAGGCAUUAUCUUUAUGAUUCCAGAUUUGAAGAUUAUGACUUUGGCUUGAGUUAUCAUCCUGGUAAGGUGAAUGUUGUGGCUGAUGCUUUAAGUUGGAAGUCUUUGCAUAUGUCUGCUAUGAUGGUUAUAGAAUUGGAAAUGAUUGAACAAUUCAGAGACACGAGUUUGGUAUGCGAGCUGACACCACAAAGUGUGAUGUUGGGUAUGCUGAAGAUCAACAAUGAUUUUCUUAAUAACAUUAAAGAGAGUCAAACAUUGGAUGUGAAGUUGGUGGACUUGAUGGUUGGAAGUAAUCAGACUGAAAGUAAUGAUUUCAAAGUGGACGAACAAGGACGUGCUUUGAAGUCGAGGAAGCUUACUCCUCAAUUUAUUGGUCUAUAUCAUAUAUCCGGGCGAGUUGGACCUAUUACUUAUAGAGUGGCGUUGCCACCGAAUUUGUCAAAUAUACAUGAUAUGUUCCAUGUUUCACAACUUCGAAAGUAUGUUCUGGAUCCGUCGCAUGUGAUUCCGAUGGACGAUGUUCAGGUGAGGGAUAACCUUACAAUUGGGCCUCUGCCUAUAAGGAUUGAUGAUCAAGAACUGAAACAGUUGAGAGACAAAGAGAUUGCUCUUGUGAAGGAAGUGUGGGGAGACGUUGUCGGAGGAAGUAUGACUUAG